CGCUCUUUUGAUUCCAGAUUGUGAUCAAUGGUUUUCUGCGUAACUGUGCUAGUGGCAUCAUGUUUUGUUAGCAUCCAUUCACAAGUGAUGUUUGAAGAACUUGCAAUGGGUGACCGAUUUGGCGCAUAUCUGUUUAACAGUGGAUAUAAGGAAUCAGAAAGGGAAUUUAGAAACUUACAAAGGUCACGCAAUCGUGCAUUCAGAGAAAUCCGAGCACAAAGACGAAGUUCACCGAGUCAUUGGGGAUAUGGUCAAAUGCUAUCGGAUAAUGCUAUUUUCAUGGGAGAACUGUCUUGUCAAAGUUUGACGGAAUUUGGCGAUGAGAUAAAUGUUGAUGACAGCCAAUUCACAAAGGAACUUGAAAUUCGUAGUGUCACAGCAGUUGACGUUGAAACAAAGGAGAAGUAUCCUGUUGUUGUCAGAGGUAAAGAUUUCGUUGUCUACCGCAAAAAGUUCAACGAAAUAAAUGGACUUAUCAUGUUUACGAUAACCAUAAGUUACUAUGGUUGUUUUCCCUUGGGUAGAUCCUGCUAUGCAAUCACAGAAUACCCAGGGACAUUUAAAAAAGUGGUACCACACAUCAAUACUAAGAAACACACAACUCAUCACAAACAUCACUCAAAUCAUUCAACUAUGCACCAUGAAUCACAAAAGCUCACAUUCAAAUCGCUCAACCUUCUUUCAUUACCACACAAAAAAGAUUGCACAUGGACUAGUUUUCUUGAUUUCUGGCCAAUCAACAAAUUAAUUUAUUCCGAUUAAGCCAAGAAAAACUUGUUCAAACUCUUGUAACUGCAAUAAGCCAAUAAUAACACUUUAAUUGUAUAAAGGAGGAUGUCAUAUUAUGAGAAACCCAAAUAAUACAUUUCAUCUGGUAUAUCUUAAAUGUUCAAUUUCUUUGCUUCAUUCACAAUUCCAAAAAUGAUUUAUACUUGUUUGACAAUUGUUCUGUCAGUCUACCACUUCCCAUUUCCCCUAUUAAAUCCUGUAGCAUUGCUACAACUGUUUCUUGCCAAAAACUUUUCAGCUAUUAUUUCAUGUACUUUAUUUUUAUUCUUAUUUUUACUCCUGCUGUGCCACUUUGUAUGAAAUGAUUUCAACAAAUAAUUUUUUUCAGAAUCAUAAAUUUCAG